CCGUUUGAACCGUUACUGUUGUGUUCUAAUUCCGUUGGGGUUGUCCUCCCGAGUGGAGCAUGAACUCCAUCGACCCUUCAGUACACCACACCUCGUCUUCAACAGCAAGCUCUCUCCAACCCCAGCCCAAGAGCACCCAGGAGCCGCCGGAGAUGGCUGUCUACUGCGAUAACUUCAGCAUGUACCACCAGCCUGGACUCCAGAGUGCACAGAGACCGUCUGGAUACGGCCUGGGAGAUUACGCGUCAUCCCUGUGGUUGAACGGCCCCCCCGUGAACUCCUCCACCCCCUACCUGCACGGAAACAACACAGCAUCCUUUAUGCCACCUUCCUACGGUACCCAGCGGCAGUUCCUUACCAACUCUCCCGGGUUCGGGGGUCCGGACCUGGGUUGGCUGUCCAUCGCCAGUCAGGAAGAGUUGCUAAAGCUGGUCCGUCCUCCAUACUCUUACUCUGCGCUCAUCGCCAUGGCGAUCCAGAACGCACACGAAAAGAAGUUGACCCUGAGUCAGAUCUACCAGUAUGUCGCGGAUAACUUCCCGUUCUACAAGAAGAGCAAGGCGGGGUGGCAGAACUCUAUCCGACACAACCUGUCACUCAACGACUGCUUUAAAAAGGUCCCCCGCGAUGAGGACGACCCAGGUAAAGGGAACUACUGGACGUUGGAUCCUAACUGUGAGAAGAUGUUUGACAACGGGAACUUCAGGAGGAAGAGGAAGCGCCGCUCCGACUCCACUAACAGCACCAAAACAGAGGACGGCCGAGCAGCCCCACCCAUCAAGACCUUAGACAGCCCCCAGCUCCUAGGCCCCGCCUCCCCAGACAUGGAGGUGGUCAGUGAGGGUCACAAGAGCCCCCCCCCCCCGGGCCUGGCGUCCGGUGGCACUCCGUGUUUUAAUAACUUCUUCAGCAGUAUGGCUGGGCUGGGCUCCGGGCCUCUAGGGGCCUCCGUUCCUCUCUCCUCUGGUCCCUCCAGCAGACAGACUAGCUCUCUGGGGCUGGUCAACGAGCUGACCAAUAGGAACAUUACAGCCCUCCAUAGCAGCCCAUACCACAACCACACACCCCACACCCCCACCCCAGGCCAGGACAGUCACAGCCCGGGACUCUCAGAGGCGGGCCUCGGGGGCCACGGCCACCCAGCAGACAGCCUGUCUCCCUUCAACAGAGGACUGUACUACAACACAUUCAGUGGAGGGGGGCAGGCAGGACAGUUGAACAGCCACUUCUAUAACAGCUUUAGUGUCAACAAUAUCUUAUACCCCCGAGAGGGCACAGACGUAUAGUCACUGACGUAUAGCCACAUAUAGCAUAUAGUGUAUAGUCACGGACUUAUAGCAAGGGGCUACGACAGGUCUAGGUGGUCAGCCAUAUCAGAGGGCUUGGCAAACCAGUCAAUACAUAUGGACUUCACAGGACAGAGACAGACAAGUCCAUUCAUAUGACCUUCACAGGACAGAGACAGACCAGUCCAUUCAUAUGGCCUUCACAGGACAGACCAGUCCAUUCAUAUGGCCUUCACAGGACAGACCAGUCCAUUCAUAUGGCCUUCACAGGACAGAGACAGACCAUUCAUAUGGCCUACACAGGACAGAGACAGACCAGUCAAUUCACAUGGCCUUCACAGGACAGAGACAGACCAUUCAUAUGGCCUACACAGGACAGAGACAGACCAGUCAAUUCACAUGGCCUUCACAGGACAGAGACCAUUCAUAUGGCCUUCACAGGACAGAGACAGACCAGUCCAUUCAUAUGGCCUUCACAGGACAGAGACAGACCAGUCAAUUCAUAUGGCUUUCACAGGACAGAGACAGACCAGUCCAUUCAUAUGGCCUUCACAGGACAGAGACAUACAAAAUAUGGCCUUCACAGGACAGACCAGUCCAUUCAUAUGGCCUUCACAGGACAGAGACAGACCAUUCAUAUGGCCUACACAGGACAGAGACAGACCAGUCAAUUCACAUGGCCUUCACAGGACAGAGA